GCGGGGGGCAGCAGCAGCAGGCCUGAGGACCGAGCAAGGCAGGGAAGGAGAGGAGAGUGGCGGUGCUGUGGAUGGUGCUCAUGCGGACGACCAGAGCGCACUGGCUCAUGCACAUGACCUGCCGCCUAAGGUGCAUCUAUGGCAGCAUCAUGAGUCACUCUCCUCGCGCCAUCUCUCCGACUCCCUCUCCUCACUGCACCGCUACUUUGACUACAGUGCGGGCAUGGCAGCGGUGGGCGGGCGGGCAGCGUCGGACUGGUGGGCGGGGCGGUUCCAGGCAGGGCUGCUGGUGGAGGGCGGCAUGCAUGCGCGAUACGGGCACGUGCAGCACGCCAUGGGGGCCCUGAUCGAGACAGUGCACAUGGCACAGCAGGAGAGUGAUGACGUGUGCUUGGUGCACGCCCUCACAGCCAUCUGCCACCUCCUAUCACAGACUGCCACGUCAGAUGCUCCCCGCCAGCUGGCAGUACUGGGAGCCCCCAGCUCGCUGCAGCAGCCAACACUGCUGGAGGGGGGAGUGUGGCGCGGUGGGGGGAGGAGCGGAGGGAAGAAAAGGGGAGUUGGGGGCGAGGGGAUUGUGGGGGGAGAAAAAGGGGCGCAUGGGGGCGUGGGUGGGGAAGGGGGAGGAGGGGCGGCAGUGGCAGGCGGCGUGCAGCAGCAGGUGUGUGUGCUGCUGCAGCGCUGCCUGGUGCGUGCCGCCCAGCUGAGACUGCCGCGCCUCGUCUUUGCCAUCCAGCUGCUGCUCACUCGUUACAGCGUCGAGCACGUAACGGACGGGAGAGCACUCCACGCCACCACGUCCCUCUCUCUUCCUCCCUCCGACGUCAACCCGUCCCCUCUCCUUGUCUGCCAACACCUGCGUCUGGGAGCACAUCUAUUCAACGACGCAUGCACCACAGCCAUCCUCCUUCCUUCGGCCCUCUCCCCGCUCGCCUUCCCCCCCUCCGCCCCUCUCUCCCUCCCCUCCCUUCACCUCGCCUCCGCCUCCUCCUCCUCCGCCGUGGCAGCAGCAGCAGCAGCAGCCGCUCUCAGCCUCUCUUCCAGCCUUGCCCUCUCAGCCCCUCUCUCCUCCGCCUCCACCGCCGCGGCUCUCUUCAGCUCCGGCCAGACCUUCGCCGGACCUCAGCCUGCAGGCUCGGCGGCGCCAGCAGCGGCGGCGGCGGCGGCAGCAGCGGGGAGGCUGGCCCCUCCCCCAGCUGCUGUGGUGCGGCUGGUGGGGGCGGGUCACGGCGUGAGGGCGGCAGCAUGGGAGGUGUAUGGGUGCCCCACCAUGGCCACUGCCACCUCGGCGCUUCAUCUGCUCUGCUACUCUGAUGCUGCCACUGCGGACGACCUAGCAGCAUCAGCAGUCAAGCUGCUGCGACACAGAGCUGCACACUCUGGCGCCGCAGCGGCCCUUCCUCUCCUGCGGCGCCUGCAGCAGCAUCCGCUGCUCUCCUCCUCGCCCACCCUCCGCAUUGCUGAGCUGGAGCUGACUCACGACCUCUGCCUUGCCACCGGUCGCACAUCUCAAGCACUGCACGUGUGCGAGCAGCUGGCAGCCAUUUCCACACGCCACGGCCUCGCACACGGGGAAGAACAUGGCACAGGGCAGGGCGGAGGGCAGGGCGGCACGGAGAUGGAUUUGGAGUUGGAGGCGGCGUGCCGCCACGUGCACACCCUCAUUGCCGCCUCGCGCUUCCCCCAGGCGGCAUCAGCAGCCAAGGCACUGUUCACAGCGUGCUGUCGCCACAACCGCCAGCUGUACCACGCGCGCUGCCUGCUGCUCAUGGCGGAGCUACACCUGAAAGCCGGGUCACCAGCAGCUGCCCUGCCACACGCCCUGGCAUGCGCGUCCCUGGCAGCCCUCCUGCACGCGCUGCUGCUGCAAGCCGCCGCCACCCUCACUGCCGCUGAGGCCACCCUCGCCCUGGCGCCCUCUGCCUGCGGCCCUGCUGCUGCGGGGGGUGGCGCUGCUGCUGGGGGUGGCGAGAGCAGCAGCGGGCGGGAGUGCGCAUUGCAAGCACUGUGGCUGCUGGAUGGGGUGUGUCUGCCGUUGCUGCUAGGGCAGGCAGGUCUCACCAUGCGCUGCCGCACCCUCAUGCUCAUUGCCCACUGCCACCUCGCCAUGGUUCCCCCAGCUGCGGUGCCAGGCAGUGUGCCUGCAGUGCUGCCGCUGCUGGAGGAAGCAGCCAACGGCUUCCACACCAUGCAG